ACACACACAUGUUGCGGUCACAUUAAGUUAAAAGCAGUCAAAGGAAACGGAUUGUUUUGUUUACCUCCGUCGAUACUCCCAAUAAUAAGGAUUUAAUAAAAUUGUAUACCUAAGAAUAAUUGCUAAUUAAAAGUGUGUGCGUGCGUGCUCGUUGAGGGGAGAACGAAAGAGAAACACAAUAACAAGGACAACAAACUGAAUAGGCUUCAAACAAAGCAAUUUUCUUGUGGGAGUCAAAACAGGAGAGGCGGAGGCGGAGUGAGUGUGGGAGCAAAGGUAGCCGGCGUUUCUCUUGUGUUUCUCCUUCUCUCUCUCACUAUCAAAAACCUAUCUGGGAAAUUUUUAAGAAAAUCUAAUGUCGUCGGCAGCCGAACUGAAAUUAUCCCGUGUGCUGGGUUUGGCCAAAAAGUUCAACAAUUUCUAUUUAACAGGUUUUCAAAAGGGCGACAUACGUCCCUUUCUUGUUGAAGGUCAACAAUGCGGUCUUAUUAAAUCGGAUGUAUUGAAGCAACUGGUCAAGUAUCCUGAAGUGUUUUGCAUACGUGACUGUGAGCAUACCAAACAGGGUCUGGUUGAGCUAAAUCCGGCAUUCCGUGAUUAUAAUGAACGCACGCAGCAAUUGGAAAAAGUAUUACGUAAUUUACGUAGCGAGGGUCUCUUCCCAGCUCUACAGGGAUGGCGGGAUGAAUACUUCGAGGUCAAGUCUGAGCACAAUGCUCUUCUUAAGAUGGAACGUGCAGCCACACCUUUGUUUGGCGUUCGCAAAUAUGGGGUAGAUAUUAAUGGCUAUGUGAUACAUCCAAAGCAUGGCCUAUGCAUUUGGCUCCAACAACGCUCCAAUACCAAAGAGACCUGGCCUGGCAAAUGGGAUAAUAUGGUUGGGGGUGGACUAUCCGUUGGCUAUGGCAUCAAGGAGACAGCUAUUAAAGAGGCCGCCGAAGAGGCAUCCAUUCCAAGUCAUCUGGUCAAGAAUUUAGUUUCAGCCGGCUGUGUUUCAUUCUUUUUUGAAAGUCGUCAGGGUCUAUUCCCCAAUACGGAAUAUGUCUUUGAUUUGGAACUUCCAGUGGACUUUGUGCCACACAAUGCCGAUGGUGAGGUCCAGGCAUUUGAGCUAUUGCCAGCCAAAGAGUGUGUGGAACGUGUAUUUACCCCGGAAUUCAAGACGACCUCGGCGCCGGUCGUAAUUGAUUUCUUGAUAAGGCACGGUCACAUCACGGCCGAUGAUGAAUUGGAUUUCACUCAGAUUGUUGAGCUAUUACAUGUACCGUUGCAAUCUCUAUAUACGUACAAGACGCGGCUGGAGCAAAUGCAAAAAUUGCAGCAACAAAAGUUGCCCAAUGAUGCAAACAAUUGUAAUUGUCCAAAUUUACCCCCAGUUAGACCCCUUGAGAAUGGUCACAAGAAGGCUGCCUAAACUAAAUGGAUCGACACACACACACACACACUGUAAUAAUGAACAACGAGAAAAACAUAUAUUUAAAAAACAAAAAAACACACCAACAAGAACAAGUGCAUUGAGAAGCUGCGGACUAGAUACGAGAGACUGCUUUUGUAGUGGGAUUUGUAAAAUCCAAAGCCAAUAAUCGAUAGAAAAACAUAACAAAAAAAACAAGAAAUUCAAUCAACCAAACAACCGAAACAAACGACAAGAUCUAAAUUAUUAAAAGUAAUAGAUUAUGAUUAUUAUUAUUAUUAUGAUUACGAUGGCAAAGAUCGCUUAAAGUUAUUUACAAAUAUUAUUUUAAAUUGUAUGUGCUGUUUAUUGUAAAUGUAUAUCUAUUUACAAACAUAUAUUUGGUAUACACAUGCAUACAUUCAAAUAUGUAUAUUAUUUUUAAAUAUUUAUUACAUACAUACAUACAACAUGCCUAUAUACUCUCCUUA